UUUAGUUUCAAGUGCAUUUGGAAUUUAGAACAAUUCAAUUUUAAUACACAUAUUGGCAAUCCAGGCAGUAAAUUCCACGUUACAGAUUAUCUUUAGAUUCGCUAUCUUAUCGGUCGUGUGUACACAGUUUCGUGAAAUAUUUUUUAGGGACAAAUUCGUGUGUUAAUGACGAUCGAAAAUGAACGUCAUUGUGAGAACUGUGUUUAAAGAGUGCGAGUUUAAAGCUGAACGGUACACAAAAGGCGGGCAAAUUUUGGAUUUGUUGUUGAAAAACGAGGGCAUACACGAAAAAUGGUACUUUGGAAUCAUGUUCCUCAACCAGGAGGGAGAGGAGGUUUGGAUAGAACAAUCAAAAAAGACCAUUCGUGAGCUGAAAGAAAACGCUAGGAACUUAAAUUUCCGAGUGAAGUUCUACCCUGAAGAUGUGUCAGAGGAGAUAUUGGAAACAGUGACUCUGGAGUUCUUCUUUCAACAAAUCAAAAGCCAAAUAAUUAAGGAGGAAAUUUUUUGCCCUGGUACCACGGCAGUACUACUGGCUUCGCUCGCAUUGCAGGCUAAAUUUGGCGAUUACGUACCAAAGGAGCAUCGAGGACAAAUUAAGCUACCAACUUAUCUACCAAAAAGAGUUAUUCGUGAGCAAGAAAUGGACGAGUUGGAAUGGAUAGAGAACAUUACAAAUAUGUGGAUCAAACACGAAAGCAUCGACAAAGAGGAAGCGAUGAUGGAGUACCUCAAAAUUGUACAAAAUCUGGAUAUGUAUGGUGUCACCUAUUUCCCCAUCACCAACAGAAAAGGUACCAACGUAUUACUAGGGAUCACUGCUUAUGGUUUGAACAUAUAUGAAGAAAAAAACAAGUUGACACCAAAAAUAAACUUUCCCUGGUCUGAAAUAAAGCACCUGAAAUUCAAAGACAGAAAAUUCACGAUUACACUGCUAGACAAGAUGGCGAAGGACUUUACUUUCAUGACGAGAUCUCCAAAAUCCAGCAAAAUUAUCCUGAACCUCGGCAUAGGAAAUCACCUGUUGUACGUGAAAAGGCGGAAACCCGAUACACCGGAAAUGGCCAAGUUGAGGGAAAAGGCCGUUUUGCACAGGGAAAAAAAAUUACUACAAAAACAAAAGCUUCUCAACGAAAAAUCGGCCAAACACGAACUGCAAAAGCGCGAGAAAGAACUGCUGCGGCGCUUGGAGAAAAUGCAGGAGGAUAUGGAAGCAAAAAACCGCGACCUGAUGGAAGCCCAAAGAACCAUAACUCUUCUGAGCGAAAAACUGGAAGACCUCCAAAGGUCCAAGGAGCGACUGGAAGAGGAAAAAUGCAAGUUGGAUGAGAUGAUGCGAUUGCUGGAGGAAAGCAAGAACAUGGAGGCGAUGGAGAGGCAAAAACUGCAAGACGAAAUCAGGAGAAAGCACGAAGAAGUGACGAGAAUACAGAACGAAGUCAUGGAGAAAGACGAGCAAACGAGGAGAUUGCAAGAGGAAGUAGAGGAAGCUAGAAGGAGAGAGGAGGAAGAACGACGGCUGAAAGAAGAAGAAGCAAGGCGUUUGGAGGAAGAAAGGAGAAAAUGGGAGGAGGAGGAAGCCGAGAGGAUUAAAAGAGGGGAAUUGGAAGAGCUGGAAAAUGCCGAUAACACCUUACCCGAGAUAGAAGUUAAUGAAGAUCUACAAGAGCAACUUAAGAUCCUUCAAAAGCAAUUAGACGAAACAAAGAAAAUCAACGAAGAAAGCAACGAAGAAAAAAUUUACAGGGACAAUCUGGCCGCUGGAAGAGACAAAUUUAAAACGUUACGGGAUAUUCGUAGCGGAAACACGAAACGUAGAGCAGAUUUAUUCGAAAAUUUGUAAAAGUAUCAUCCAGUUACCUCCAAUUUAUUGUUAAUUAUUAAUUAAAAAUAUAAGCACAAGAAGUUUGAGUUGUUUGUAUAUUUUAUUCUGCAGUUGGUAGUACCAUCAACAUAAUUAUGUUAACCACACAAUACGAACUGUACAUGAUUUUUAAAUAAAUAGGAAGGUAGUUUUUCACAA